CCGCUCUCCCCCUCUCUCACGGCUGCGCCUCUCCCUCGCAGCCGCCAGCCCCCAAACCCCUCACCCGCCGCCGCCGCCGCCACUUACCCCGUGAUGUCUCCCGCCCUCGCCGCCGCGGAGCCAAUGGCCGUCGACGACUCCGCCUCCAAGAAGGCCAAGCGCAAGCAGCUCAAGGCUGCCGCCACCGCCGCCGGCGCGGAGGCGGAGGCCGCAUCGGCGAGGAAGAAGGAGAAGAAGCGCAAGGCAAAGGAGCCGUCCCCACCCCCCGCGGCGGCCGCGUCCUCCGACGAGGAGAGGAGCAGCACCAGCUCCGAAGAGUCGGCCCCCGCCGCGAAGAAGGCGAAGAAGGAGAAGAAGACGGUUGAGGAGACGAGCCGCUCGAGUUCUGGGGAGGAUGACGGCGAGCUCACGACCAGCAGCGACGAGGAUCCCGCGGACCCGAACGCGCUGACGAACUUCCGGAUAUCGGAGCCGCUGAGGCAGAGGCUCAGGUCUAAAGGAAUCAAGGCGCUGUUCCCCAUCCAGGCCACCACCUUCGAUCUCGUCCUCGACGGCAGUGACUUGGUAGGCCGCGCGCGCACUGGCCAGGGCAAAACUUUGGCUUUUGUUCUGCCCAUAUUGGAGUCGUUGGUUAAUGGGGCACACAAAGUAUCCAGGAAAACUGACUAUGGCAGGCCUCCAAGUGUUUUAGUUCUGCUACCAACCAGAGAGCUAGCCAACCAGGUGCAUGCGGACUUUGAGUUUUAUGGUGCAACAUUUGGGCUCUCUGCGUGCUGUGUAUACGGGGGCUCUCCUUAUCGUCCUCAAGAAAUGGCAUUGAGAAAGGGGGUUGACAUUGUUGUUGGAACUCCUGGUCGUAUCAAGGAUUUUGUUGUAAAGGGAACUCUCAAUUUGAAGUCUUUGAAAUUCCGUGUCCUUGAUGAAGCUGAUGAGAUGCUUAACAUGGGCUUUGUUGAUGAUGUUGAGCUCAUUCUUGGCAAGGUUGAAGAUGUUACCAAAGUACAAACACUUCUAUUCAGUGCCACUCUGCCGGAUUGGGUGAAUAAGCUUUCCAUGAGGUUUCUGAAAGUUGACAGGAGAACAGUUGAUCUUGUUGGCAAUGAGAAACUGAAAGCUAGUGCAUCUGUUAAGCAUCUUGCUCUUCCUUGUAACAAGGCAGCAAGGGCUCAGGUUAUUCCAGACAUUAUCAGAUGCUAUAGCCAUGGAGGCCGAACGAUUAUUUUCACCGAGACAAAGGACUCUGCAUCAGAGCUUUCUGGUUUGAUUGCUGGUUCCCGUGCCUUGCAUGGAGAUGUUGUGCAAGCUCAGCGUGAAGUCAUUCUUGCUGGAUUCCGGAGCGGGAAGUUCCAAGUUUUGGUUGCUACAAAUGUGGCAGCUCGUGGCCUGGAUAUUAAUGAUGUGCAGCUUAUCAUUCAGUGUGAACCUCCACGUGAUGUUGAAGCUUACAUACACCGGUCAGGUCGGACAGGGAGAGCUGGUAAUACUGGUGUUGCUGUCAUGCUUUUUGAACCCAGAUAUAAGCACAGCGUGACCAGAUUAGAAAGGGAAUCUGGGGUGAAGUUUCAACAUAUCUCUGCACCACAGCCUACUGAUGUGGCACAAUCUGCUGGCAGUGAAGCAGCAGAUGCCAUUGCAAGUGUAUCAGACAGUGUUAUUCCUGUUUUCCGGCAGCAAGCAGAGCAACUGUUAAACUCUUCCACUAUGUCUGCAGUUGAUUUACUGGCCAAAGCACUUGCAAAGGCAGUGGGUUACACGGACAUAAAGAAAAGAUCAUUGCUUUCUUCCAUGGAGGAUUACACUACAUUACAUCUUCAAACUGGCAGGCCUAUGUGGGCACCAGGGUUUGCUUUUACUAUAUUGAAAACGUUCAUGCCAGAAGAGAAACUUGCAGAUGUGAAGGGUGCGACCCUCACAGCUGAUGGGACAGGUGUAGUAUUUGAUGUUCCUGCAGCAGAUGUUGAAGACUACAUUCAAGGUUCACAGAGUGCCGCCAUGGUGACCAUUGGUGAGGUGAAACAACUGCCACCCUUGCAAGAGAAGGAACAGUCAAGAGGCAACUCUGGUGGAGGAAGAUUUGGCCGUGGAGGUGGUGGUAGAUUCUCCGGUGGUGGCCGUGGCAGAGGUGGAGGCGGUAGAGGGUUUUCUGGUAGGGGAGGUGGGGGCAAUAGGUUUAACAGGAGGAACUGAGCUGAUGCAGCGCUAUUGAACAUUUAAAAGCGCUAUGUUAUAUUUUUCGUAGUUUUGACUUCGGAGAAAGAGGGGAGGGAAUAGUCUCAGUUUUGGCUGCGAGUGUAUCGGCUUUUAUUUAUUUGAUGUUUGUCACCGAGAUUACGACGAUCAAUUUUGCCUAAGUAUACAAUUUUGAUCUGGUACUAUAAAGUAUAAAGCAACUGUUAUGACUUGUAUAAGUGAA